UCAUAUCUCACUCUCUCAUCAAGAAUCCUAAUUAAAGAUCCUUAAUUAAUUAAUUACAAAAAUGGAACAGAAUGCACCACUCUUUGCAAAGAAAGUAUGGAAAUUAGUACGUGUAUUGUACUUCAUGUUACGCAAAGGCAUAUCCAAGAGUAAGCUAUUACACGACCUCAACAAGAUGAUGAAACUUGGCAAAAUCGCGGGUAAGUCCUUACACAACCUCAUGUUCCACCACCACCACCACGACUGGGCUACAUCUUUUGCUGCCUACAACCUCUCUCCACCGCCGGGUGAAUACGAGUUUAGCUGCAGCAACAGCCCUUCUACUAAUAACCACCACACAUUCUCUUUGAACCCGUUCCACAAGAAACACCACAGUAGUACUUAUUCCAAAAAUAAACAACACAAUGGCGGGGAUCUUGACAUGAAGGCUGUCAAUUAUGCGGCCGUGUUGAAGGCCAUGGAGAUGAUUCAAAGCGAGAACUCAUCGCCCGCGCUCCCGGGGUUUGGGAGGAGUCCCAUGGUUAGGCAACUGAGGGUGACCGACUCUCCGUUUCCAUUGAAUAAUAGUGUAGAUGAUGAGGACAGCCAUGUGGUGGAUGAGGCAGCUGAGAAGUUUAUAAACCGGUUUUACAAAGACUUAAGGCGACAGAAUGCCAAUGCAACCUCAUCAUUUGGUCCAUAUAUCUAAACUAAUUUAAGUACACACGGCCGGAGCAAGAAAAGUAUAUAUAUAAUCGGGUCGAUCCAUGCAUGCAUGGCUACUUAAUUUGGCGCUAGCUAGCUUGUGGGAUGUGGCAUUGAAAAUUGUUCUAUAAUGACCCGGCCGGCCAGAAACAAGCUAGGGGGUACAUACCAAGCUAGAUUUAAUUUUCCGUGUGUGAAUCGAGAAAUGCAAAUUCAUACGAGUACGUAUAUCAGAAUUUGCGGCAUAUAUAUUUGUAAUAAUUAAGGGUGUUCCAAACAAUGUUAAGUUGCUACAUGUAUUUGUUGGAUAUAGCGAGCGAAAUCGUUGAAGCGUACACUUGUAAAUGGCAUAUAUACACAAAAUGUAACCACUUUUAUUUUAAUGAAGAUAUAUUACUUUCACUA